CCAACUUAAACAAAAGGCUUGCUCAACUUUCAAUGACAUUAAUUAAAACAAAGCACAACAUUGCACGGUAAUGAUUACGAACAUUUCAAGAACAAAAUUAUAAUACGUUCUUAUUCAUUUUAACUUAGCAUGAACUCGACUUGUACCUACUAAGGUACUGGCCGGAAGCCAACAUUGAAAGCAGCCAAAGUUAUUAGCCACAGCUACCCUGGACUUAACACCUACGCAUAACAGCUACCUACCCAAAACCUACCCCAUAACCUUCAUUCACCACCAGAAUAACUGGUACCCAAGUCAAUUGGAGCUGUUCCCCGGUGGAACAACAUCCAAGCCGUACUUAUGGACGGAGAACAAAUAGAAAAAUGGCGAAUUGAAAUACCCUUACCCUCCAAACCCCCACCAUAUCGGCCUGGCGACGGUCCACCUUUAGCGCCUCUUAGAAUCCUGCCCGAACAUGACACAGACGCGUUUAUCGUUGACAAACGCGUUCUUCCAGGCACUGCGCCCAAUGGCGAGCUGAAGCUGUACAUGUACUAUAUUGUAGGAUGGCCAGAUUUACCAGCCGCGCGCGUCUCUGUCCUUGCGACCGAUAUAUACAAUUAUGUCUCACCUCGCGCCGUGGAGGACUUCGAAUAUAAGGCGCUACUCGAAAGGGACGAAGAGGAGGAAAGACGGGAAGCAGAAGAGAAGCGAAGAAUGGAAUUGGAAGCAAAGAGGAAACUAGUUACUUCUACCUCAACAGCACCGAGUAACCCAGCCAUACCCAUAUCUGGACAGAGAAGACGUGGCCGACCAAGCAAAGCCGAGCUCCAGUCGCGCCAGCUGGCGCAACAGUCAAGCUUCAACAUUUCCCAGAGUAUUGAGGCAGCGCUUCCCCCAGCCAAUACAUCUGGUCCGUCCCUUUCCACGCCGCAAAAGAAGCUCGUUGGGGAGAUUGCGACAGAUUUGGAGGAGGAGGCCGAUGAAGCGGAUCCGGAGGAUGCAAUAUACAGACAACUAUGUGGGUACAAUGAUGACCCCUUUGAGGACAUGGAUAUAGAUGACGACAGGAGAGACGGGGAUAUACCACUAGAUAAUCUCCCCGAGACCAUGUCGUCAAGUUCUGAAUUCAGAUCGUAUGCCAGAACACUCUGGCUGAACAAGGAUUCGACGUUGUUCAAACGUACUAAUGGUAGUCUUGCAUUGAAGUCAUCGACAAGUCAUGUUCCCGUACCCGAAGUGCUCCGAUCCAAUACGCAGCCCCCACUGCAACCAUCACCACCACGAACCGAGACCUAUCCGUCCAUAAUACCCGUCCCGAUUCCUCCACCAUAUAAUAUAGAUAGAAGCACAACCGCGCCUCAAUUACACAAUCCAAAGCACUCUAUCACACCAGUUCCAGUCCCCACGCCGCUUAGGUCGAACAAAGAAGCACCACAGCCAAAACCCCCUGAUGCCAAGCAUCCUAUCACGCCUGUGCCAGUCCCGUCUUGGCCACGUUUAGCGAAUAAAAACGACACCCAAGCUCCUAUCUCACAAGAUUCGCCAGACUCGCCGCAAUAUCGUGGCUUCACACCAGCAGGGCGCAGUUCUGGCAGGUGGCCGUCGGCACAAUCCCACUCAGGUGACAUACCCACACAGACCUCUCCACUUACCACGCAGCAAAUUCAAGGCGCAAACCAUACAGAGUCCCCGCAGAGGAGGAAGCCAUAUAAACCUAAGUCAGCACCUCAAAAGGAGGAUGAGCAGGCUAAGGUAUGGGUAGUGGAACGGCUAGAAGGCGACAGGGUAAUGAAUGUGGGCGGCAAGCACGUGCAUUAUUUCAAGGUGCGAUGGGCGGGCGAUUGGCCGCCGGACCAAAACCCGACUUGGGAGCCCGAGGAGAACAUAACCCCGGCGCUCGUGAAAGCGUAUCUGAAGAAGAAAGCCGCGCGCCACGCGGCGAAGCCCCCGAACAAAAGCAAUAGCAGCAGUAUCUCGAGGGCCGUACCUCCGUUAUACCCACCGACUCUCAAGAGGAAAUAUUCAAGCGUGGCAGAAGCAUUCGCCGGGGAAGAGGACGACGACCCGGGCGAGGCGGGGAGCAGUCGAGGCCAGAACGAAAAACGGCAUACGUAUAAGGAAGAAGACGAUAACAACGACGGUGGGGAAGACGGCGAAGAGGGAGAAAUGCUCGUCGUGGCAGCAGACCAGGAAAUAGGCUAUAGUAGGAAAGGUCCUAGGUUAAGACCCCGACCCGAAGACUUAGGUGCGGUCUUUAUGCGAGAUCUCGCCGCGGCUAUUCGUCUCGGCGACGAGAAAGGGGGUUCGCGUUGACCUCGGUCUAGGUUAGAACGCGGUUUCUAAAUUCUGGCUACCUGAUGGUAAAGGAGAUGAUGGUUGUAAGAAGGCUGUCUAUAUAUUAAAGCAAUAGCUUCUAGCUGAGGAGCUUUUCUGGUAAUCCAAAACACGUCGCGCCGUCAGCGUCCUAAUUGUUGUGUUUUACGUACUGUUUCUCGUUCACAACGAUCUACAAGGGUUAUAUAUACCCGAUACUUAAACCACUCGAAGAAGAUAAGCCAUGAAAAUGUAGAAACGCAAACGAAUUCGAAUUUAUGAAAGCACAUUCAACAACUUUGAGUAG